GUUUCAUGAUGUCAUCCUCCUUCAGGGGUUCUUCUGAAUUUUCCAGCCAUUGUUGUGGGUUUUAUUUUAUGUGGGUUUUGUUUUACUUUUUAAAGGGCAGGGCAAGUCUGCUUUUUCCUAGAAGGUGUCAUGAUUCACUGCACCUUUUUUCAGUGCACUCUAUUCCACAGUGCCACCUUUUGUAGCUUGAUGGAGCAUAUAGGAGCAUAUAGAAAGGGAGAGAAGAAUGAUUCUGUGGUGGGAUGAGGGAACCUCUGCAUGAAGAAAGCUGUAAUCCUCCCACAAAGAAAAUAAAAGAAGCCCUGGAAAAGCACCUGAUUAUACGCCUCACAUAGUGAAGCUGCUAAUGUAAACAUUUUAGGAAAUGUAUUGUGGAAGGACAGUAUAAAAUCCCUUUGAAUGAAUAUAAUAAAACCAAUUUAAAAACACAGAGACACCAUAUUGAGGUUGUGCUGUCACUGGUAGUCGUGUCACGGAGUGGUUUGUUUUUUUUUUCUCAAGCCUGCUGUCUGACUGUGGUUGUGUGUUGUGCUGUUGCUGUGUGGUUUAAAGUAUGCACACCCUGGUUUGUCAGAUCUGAACCUUUGCUGUAAUUUCCCCCAAGUUUGCCUUUCAUGCUUACACUUGUGAACGUUCAGCCACACUGAGCUCGAAUGUUUGUGCUUCUCACACAGGGUGUCUUUCUUUCUGUGUGUAUGUUUGUAAUCCUAAGUGGUUUUAUGUUUGGCCUAAAUAAAACAUAGACUGAGGGAUGGUGAAUGGACAGGGAAAGUUGCACUCGGUUUCCUAGCUUCGCACUGUCAAGAAGUGAAUACUCAUUGCUUACUCAUUGCAACCAAGCCUAAUCUUGUGCGAUGCUAUUUUUGCAUCCAACAUACUCACAGAAAUACUGAACAGCUCCUGAUGCUAUCAUUUCUCUCCCUUCUUUGCAGGUCUUCAGAAGACAAGGGAUCUCUAAGGGUGUUUUCACACUCCAGCAUGCCUCCGAUCAUCGCCUGUCUUUCCCUUCUGUUUCUGCUACCUGCUCCGCAAGUUGCAGGAGCAGCGGCCUCCUGCCCUGACUUGGAUCCGGAGCUGGAUCGCUGGGAUCCUGGGCAUGACGAAGAUAAUCGGGUGAACGUCGGCCGAGGUCAAAAGCUCCUCUUAUCUUCCUCUGCAACUGUGCAUUCUAUCCUCAUCACAAAUGGAGGAAAGCUGGUCAUUAAAGACAACACAAGCCCAAUUGUUCUGCGCACUCGUCACAUUCAGAUCGAAAAUGACGGACAGCUCUACAUUGGGAGUGAGAGCUGUCCUUUCCGAGGCAACCUGACCAUCAUCUUGUAUGGACGUGCUGAUGAUGGCAGUGUACCAGAUGAUUACUUUGGGCAGAAGUAUAUUGGGGUCAUCAAUGGUGGAACCAUGGAGAUCCAUGGGGAGCAAAAGCGAGCCUGGACUUUCCUGAACAAGACCCUGAACCCUGGGGGCUUGCAGGAAGGUGGCUACUACUUUGAACGAAGCUGGGGCCAUCGUGGAAUCAUUGUCCAUGUCAUUAACCCAAAGACGGGAACUGUGGUCCAUUCCGAUAGGUUUGACACCUACAAACUCAAAGGCGAAAGCAUCCGUCUCGUCCAGUAUUUGAAUGCUGUUGAUGACGGCAUGAUCCUGUCCAUUGCAGUGAAUGACGAAGGAUCCAAGAACUUGGAUGACUCAGCCAGGAAAGCAAUGACCAGACUGGGCAGCAAGCAUUUCCUCCACCUUGGCUUUAGGCAUCCCUGGAGCUUUAUUACAAUAAAAGGGAGCCCUUCUUCUUCUGUUGAAGACUACAUAGAAUAUCAAGGACGCAAAGGUUCAGCUGUGGCCAAAGUAUUCAAGCUGUUCCAAGCAGAGGAUGGAGAGCAUUUUAACGUGUCUUCAACCAGUGAGUGGGUUCAAGAUGUUGAAUGGACUAAAUGGCUUGAGAAGCCUGAAAAGGCCAAGUCCAAAGAUGGGGAGAGACUUUCAGACUUCCGAGCUGCUCAUCCAGAAGUCUGUGAUCACCCCAUUGACAUCCAGGCAGUGACACUUGCUGGAGCUAAGCUGACAACUGAGGUUCUCUACAAAAGUGGCCAUGAUUAUAGGUUUUUUUGCCGUGGCCUAGAACAGGCUGAUAGUGGCUGCCGUAACUACAGAGUGCGCUUCUUAUGUGGCAAACCUGUGAGACCCAAGCUUACAGUAACAGUUGACACCAAUGUGAACAGCACCAUCAUGAGGUUGGCGGAUGAUGUGCGGUCAUGGAAGGCUGGAGAUAAGAUUGUGGUGGCGAGUACAGAUUACUCCAUGUAUCAGGCUGAAGAAUUCCAGAUCUUGCCAUGCAGAGCCUGUGGACCCAACGAAAUCAAAGUGGCAGGGAAAGCAAUGUACCUUCACACAGGAGAAGUAAUUGACGGUGUGGACAUGAGGGCAGAAGUAGGUCUGUUAACUCGCAACAUUGUGGUGAUGGGAGAAAUGGAGAAGCAAUGCUACAACUACAACACUGAUCUUUGCUCCUUCUUCGAUUUUGACACCUUUGGUGGUCACAUCAAGAUUGGCCUCAGCUUUAAAGCUGUCCAUAUGGAAGGGGUUGAGCUGAGACACAUGGGCCAGCAGUCACUGGGACACUAUCCAAUUCAUUUUCACAUGGCUGGAGAUGUGGAUGAGAAGGGAGGCUACCAUCCUGCGACCUAUGUGAAAGAUCUCUCCAUCCACCAUGCCUUUUCUCGCUGUGUCACGGUCCACGGCUCCAAUGGGCUACUGAUCAAGGAUGUUGUUGGGUAUGACACCCUGGGACACUGCUUCUUCACGGAAGAUGGGCCCGAGGUGCGCAACACCUUCGACCACUGCCUUGGACUUGUGGUGAAACCCAGCACGUUGCUGCCAUCUGACCGGGAUACGAAAAUGUGCAAGACUAUUACAGAAGGAGCUUUCCCAGGAUUCGUCCCCAAACCAAGACAAGACUGCAAUGCUGUCUCUACCUUCUGGCUGGCCAACCCGCACAACAACCUUAUAAACUGUGCAGCUGCAGGGUCUGAAGAAACAGGUUUUUGGUUUGUUUUGCAUCAUGUCCCGACGGGACUUUCUGCAGGAAUGUAUCCCCCCGGCUACUCUGAACACAUUCCAAUGGGAACGUUCUAUAACAAUCGAGCGCAUUCCAACUAUCGAGCUGGAAUGAUAAUAGAUAAUGGAGUUAAAACGGUGCCUGCAUCUGCCAAGGACAAAAGGCCCAUCCUCACCUUGAUUGCUGGAAGAUACAGCCCGCACCAAGAUGCCGACCCGCUGAAGCCCAGACAGCCUGCCCUGAUCCGGCGCUUCGUUGCUUAUAAGAACCAGGACCACGGAGCCUGGCUGAGAGGAGGGGACGUGUGGCUGGACGACUGCCAGUUUGCUGACAACGGCAUUGGGCUCACUUUGGCUAGCGGGGGAACUUUCCCACAUGAUGAUGGAUCAAAACAAGAAAUCAAAAACAGCCUCUUUGUAGGUGAGAGUGGAAACAAGGGAACUGAAAUGAUGGACCACAGUGUCUGGGGUCCUGGAGGCCUGGACCACAGCGGACGGACUCUUCCCAUUGGCCAGGAUUUCCCAAUUAGAGGCAUUCAGUUUUACGACGGGCCAAUCAACGUUCAGAACUGCACGUUCCGGAAGUUUGCCGCCCUGGAUGGCCGCCACACCAGUGCCUUGGCGUUCCGCCUGAACAACGUUUGGCAGAGUUGCCCCAACAACAACGUCAGCAACGUCUUCUUCGAGGACGUCCCAAUUGCAUCUCGAGUGUUCUUUGGAGAACCGGGACCUUGGUUCAAUGGGCUGAAUUUGGAUGGGGACAAAACAUCUGUUUUCCAUGAUGUUGAUGGUUCUGUCUCUGAAUAUCCUGGCUCAUAUCUCAUAAAGGAAGAUAAUUGGUUGCUUAGACAUCCAGACUGCAUCGACGUUCCGGACUGGAGGGGUUCCAUCUGCAGCGGACACUACGCACAAGUGUACAUUCAAGCCUACAAAUCAGCAAACCUGAAGAUGAAAAUCAUCAAAAAUGACUACUAUACGCAUCCUCUAUACUUGGAGGGGGCUCUGAGCAAAAGCACCCAUUACCAGCAGUAUCAACCUGUGAUCACACUACAGAAGGGCUACACCAUCCAUUGGGACAAGACUGCCCCUGAGGAACUGGCUAUCUGGCUCAUUAAUUUCAAUAAGAAUGACUGGAUCCAAGUUGGGCUUUGUUACCCUAAAGGGACGACAUUUUCCAUUCUCUCAGAUAUUCAUGAUCGCCGUUUGAAGAAAACCAGCAAAACAGGAAUGUUCUACCCAGCCCUUCAGAUGGAGAAACUUGAGCAUCGCUACCCUACCAAGGGGCACUACUACUGGGAUGAAGACACUGGGCUGCUGUUUCUCAAACUAAAAGCCCAACAUGAGAAAGAGCCAUUUGCCUUCUGCUCUGUUAGAGGCUGUGAACGAAUCCGAAUCAAAGCAAACAUCCCCAGAAAUAUGGAGGCCAGUGAUUGUGAAGCAAAAGCCUAUCCAAACUAUGCAGAGAAAUCCUCAGUGGAUGUACCAAUGCCCAAAAAACUAUCUACUGCACAGCUGAACAAAAAAGAGCAUUUUGUGGAAAUGAAGCUAGAAAGCUACAAGACGAAAUACUUCCACCUCAGGGAUGACUUUGCAUAUAUCUCAGUUGACAGCAAGAAAUUUUAUCUUUCUGAAGAUGGCAUCCAAGUAGUUGUGAUCAAUGGUCAUGAUGGAAAAGUUGUUGAUUGGAUAACUUUCAAAAACUCUAUUCUACAAGGAAUUCCAGCCCAGAUAGACAACUACAUCAACAAAAUCCAGGACAACUCUGUAGUGCUGAUGACAUCUAAAGGGAGAUUCAUCUCAAAAGGCCCAUGGACUAAAGUCCUGGAGAAACUUGGGGCAAAGACAGGCUUUAAAUUGAAAGAAAAAAUGGCUUUUGUUGGAUACAAGGGCAGUUUCCGGCCAUACUGGGUAAAACUGAACACAGACGACGAUGCAGUGAAGAUUUUCCAAGCUCUGCCAGUUCCAGUGCUUAAGAAAAUGAAAUUGUGAAGAUGUAGCCUGCAUUAUCCACCUGCUCUUAGCACACCAUCAGCGGAGAAGUCAGCAAGCCCUGUCUUCCAAACUUCUUCUGAGAUGUAAUGUAUUUGUGGAUGUACAUAAAAGAAAUCUUAUGAUGAAUGAGCUAAGUGGCCACAUCUGACAACCAACAUUCCCUGGCCAGUGUAGAUUUAGAGCAUCUGACCUGCUUAUUGGCAAUAAGCCUAUCGUGCUGGUCCCACAAGCCAACCGGAGGCAAAAAAGACCCGUCGCCUAGGGAAGUGCAAUGGGCUUGUCAGAGUCCACAGGUCUUGCAGGCAGUGAAUGAGUGGUAUGUACCAAGUGUGAACUUCUCCUAUCUCAGCCUCCUAAGUACUUAGUCUGAAUAUUCAGACAUCUUACUCAGGAAAAAGUGCACUUCUAAGUUGAGAGACUGACUAUGUAAAUAUGGGUGUGGAAGCGAAAGGCAGCAUUAGGCAGCCAGCAGAAAUUCUGACAACGUGAGACCUUUUUAGCACUGCUGAUCUGUCACAAACUUUCUGGCAUGCUGGACCAGUCAGAGGGCAAUGCUUACAGAGACUACAAAAGGACGUAUCAUGAACAUCGUUGAGCCAGAAUGUUGUCAUGCCUUAUUUUGAGUGGCCCGGUAACCUAUGGUUAGGGGACAUAGUUUAUAUGCAGUAAUGGAUGUUGUUUGUUAGCACCUCACAAAGAGCAAAUCAUCAGGACUUAUCUAAUGGGCAAUAAAUAGCUAAAUAAGCAGUCUCUACUGAGGGCAAGUUACAUAUUUCGUCUCAAGUGAAAAUCUCACUUGAGCCUUUCCCCAGAAUAAUCUGGCUAUAGAGGAAUGUGAUGGGCAACUUGUAGGCUAAAACAUUUGUAGGGUCAAAACCUGCCCCUGAAAUCAGAGGACAUCACAAAGGUCUAAGACCUGGUCUUGUAGCCAAUGGGACAAGUCAGUGCAAAUGCAUCUGAUUUGCCCCUUCCACCAUACCUAAUAAGAUUAGAAAGUGGAAAUUCAGAAACCAUCAAGAUUAAAAUUAAAAAAUAAGGACGCAAUGAAGACACUGCCCCAGUGUGUGUGCCAUUCUUCUGUUAAUCGACUGACCAACUGAAGUUUGGUUUUUCUAGGACAAUAACCAAGCAUUGUUUUUUGAAGGUUCUAUUGUAGUAACACUUGAGCUUACAUGCAACUGUUGACAUUAUGUGAUCUUUCUGUAUUUGUGUGCACGUCAGGUUCAAAUGUUUUACCCGAAAUAGCUGGUCCUUUUUCGGAACGAGAUGUAUAGCAUUUUGUAUAUAUUUUCUUAAGUUUCUGAUGAAAACAAAGAUAUAUUUUGUAUUUAUUUAUUGCAAAGGCACUAAAAGGAUUAAAUCUGAAGAGAGUUAUAGGGUUUAUCAUGGGGAAUUAUCUGGAAGUCUCUCUCUUCAGAUAAUCUGCUUUGCACUUGAAAAUUUCAAAUGGCCGCAGAAUGAGGUAUGCUCUUUGCAGCCUGUUUUUAUUACAAAAACACUUGCAAUGUUAUUUCCAAAUGUUUUUUGCCUACAACUUUAAUGUCUAGUUGUUUGGAAUACAACAUUUAUUGAAAUAAAUGCAACUUUACAAAAUUG